AUGUCCAGUACUGCCCGAAACACCCCGGUACUGUCCGGUACUACCCGAAACAGCCCCGGUACUGUUCAGUACUACCCGAAACAGCCCGCUAAUGUCCAGUACUACCCGAAACAGUCCGAUACUGUUCAGUACUACCCGAAACAGCCAGGUAAUGUCCAGUACUACCCGAAACACCUCGGUACUGUCCAGUACUACCCGAAACGCCCCGGUACUGUUCAGUACUACCCGAAACAUCCCGGUACUGUCCAGUACUACCCGAAACGCCCCGGUACUGUUCAGUACUACCCGAAACAGCCCGGUACUGUACAGUACUACCCGAAACAGCCCGGUACUGUUCAGUACUACCCGAAACAGACAGGUAAUGUCCAGUACUACCCGAAACAGCCCGGUACUGUCCAGUACUACCCGAAACAGCCCGGUACUGUUCAGUACUACCCGAAACAUCCCGGUACUGUCCAGUACUACCCGAAACGCCCCGGUACUGUUCAGUACUACCCGAAACAGCCCGGUACUGUACAGUACUACCCGAAACAGCCCGGUACUGUUCAGUACUACCAAAAACAGACAGGUAAUGUCCAGUACUACCCGAAACAGCCCGGUACUGUCCAGUACUACCCGAAACAGCCCGGUACUGUUCAAUACUACCCGAAACAGCCCGAUACUGUUCAGUACUACCCGAAACAGCCAGGUAAUGUCCAGUACUACCCGAAACAGCCCGGUACUGUCCAGUACUACCCGAAACAGUCCGGUACUGUCCAGUACUAG